AUGAGACCAGACGAACACAAAUCAAAAGAAUCUCGUAAAUACCAACAGAGAAAGAAGCAAGCUGGCGACAAUUCAGCUGCUGAGAUAGCCGAGGCUCGUAGGAGAGCAGCAAGAGCACGCGAUAAAGGUGUAGGUAUGGGUGCCAUUCGUCGACGUAAUGGCGAUUUUGUCGAGACAGAGGAAGAGAUUGAAGAACGAAAGAUGCGUCAGGCGAAAUUCUCGAGGAGAAAAAUUGAGUCCAAUGAAAGCAGAUACGAGGAAGAGACUGAGCAGGACGCUUUGGAGAGAGAUGCUGAGCUAGGCAUUGAUCGGGAGACAACAGAUCUUGUCUCUAUGCUGGAGGAAAAAGAGGAGGGAAGCUCGACAUUUUUCAAGUUUAAAGAGGAAAAACUAUUUGACGCAACAAACAACGCACAGGACAUGGCAAAUCGCACUACCCUGCAGUUAGACUUCAACAUGUUUGAGAACACACUUCAGCUUUAUGAUGCAGACUCGUUGCUUGGACUGGAGGAUGAAAUGGAUCUGGUACAAAGUGCACUGAACGAGCAUCCUGUCGUAUUGGAUAAGCCAAUUGUACCUUCUUUUGCAAAGAACGCAAAGGGAUAUGUGCUCUUCAAAUCACAACAACCAGCAAAGCCCAAUGUCAUUUCAGAGGCAGAUGGCAUAUAUUUAAGAAAUGAUGGAUCAAAUCAUCGUGUGAUACCCAAAGAUAAACCCCAAGCAGAACAGCAACAGCCAGCAGCAUCAGCAGCAGCACCAGUAGACGACCUAGAUGAGCUAUUAGCCUUGCAACAACAAAAGACAGUGGACGAUCAUCUAUCGUUUCCCUCUCUUCCACCUGCUCAACCUGUGAAAAAGACAGUACUGCCAAAACCUGGAUCUAUAAAGAAGCCAGCUGUGAAAAAGGAGGAGCAUGCAGUUGACGAUGAAGCGUGGUUAGAUGAUUUGCUAGGAUAA